CUCACUUUCUCAUCAAUUCCUCUACUUUCUUUUCAACCAAACACACUUACAACCCGAUGGCCGCUUCAAGCUUUGCUUUAAGGUCCACCAUUUCUUCUGGGAUAAUAAGUAACCCCAGAUCAAAAACCUUGUUGCCUGCAGCUAAUUCAUCUUUCAAGCCCAUCAAAAGCCCUUCUUUAACUCAAACUCACAAGCUUUUCACUUUCUCGGCUCCCAAACGAGCUUUCACUUGCAAAAGCCAGGCUAUUCCAUCUGAUAACUCAGCUCCUGAUAAAGUUCAAGAACUGCAUAUAUAUGAGAUGAAUGAGAGAGAUCGUGGUAGUCCUGCUUAUCUUCGUUUAAGUCAAAAAUCUGUGAACUCACUUGGUGAUCUUGUCCCUUUUAGCAACAAAAUAUAUAGGGGAGAUUUGGAGAAACGAAUAGGAAUAACAGCAGGGAUAUGCAUAUUAAUAGAGCACAAACCCGAAAUGAAAGGUGAUCGCUACGAGGCCAUCUUCAGCUUUUACUUCGGGGACUACGGUCACAUAGCAGUGCAGGGACCUUACUUGACUUACCAGGACACGUUUCUCGCUAUUAAAGGUGGGUCAGGAAUUUUUGAAGGUGUCACUGGUCAGGUGAAGCUCCGCCAAAUUGUCUUCCCCUUCAAGAUUUUCUACACGUUUUACUUGAAGGGGAUUGGUGAGCUCCCAGAAGAGCUGCUUUGCAAGCCGGUUGAGCCUCACCCAGCUGUUGAAGCCUUUCCGGCUGCUAAGGCUUGUGAGCCACAUGCUGCUAUUGCAAAUUUCACUAAUUAAAUCAUUUAUUAAUGUUAUAUAAUUUUAAUAAAUUGAGAUGUCUAUGGACUCUUAGGUUUAGUUUGGGUGGACAGUGUGUUUAUUUUCGGUAAGGUUAAAAAUAACGAUGAUGAUGUGAUUAAUUAUUGUGGCCGUGAAGUAAAAGAUUCCACCGUAUCACGACAAUCGCUCAUCCAAAGGAGGCCUUAGUAUUGUUUUUUGUUCUUUUUAAUCUUCUAUUGUGGAAGAUAGAAUAAGAUUAAAAGUGAAUAAAUAAAAAAAUGUUGUCUUAUUCAAA